GCGCCCGGCCACGUUGGCAGCGCGGGCGGUGGAGGGGGCGGGGCCCGCGGCAGCCAGUCCCCGGCCCUGCGCAGCCGGACGCGGGGCGCCGAGCACCAUGUCUUCGCCUGACCAGGAGCGAGCCGAGACCCGGGCCGGACACCCCCCUGCCGUGAAAGCUGGUGGGAUGAGGAUUGUGCAGAAACACCCGCACACUCCAGAUGCCAAAGAGGAGAAAGAUAAGGAUGACCAAGAGUGGGAAAGCAGCAGCCCACCUAAACCAACGGUGUUCAUCUCCGGUGUCAUUGCAAGAGAAACUGAGCAUAAUGAACCAGUGAAACUGAGGCCAUGUCUACACGUACAGCUGCGCCACUGCAGCGCAUCUGGUGAAGACGCCAUGUGCCGAUGUGAGAGAGCUCUCCCAUCAACGUAAAAUCAUCUCAAUGAGUGGAAGUAGCUAUGUCAGCGGAAGAAACUCUCCCGCCAACAGAUAAGCACUUAUGUCAGUGUAACUUAUGUCGCUUAGGGGGCGUUCUAUUCACACCCCUGAGCAACGUACAUUUUCCCGACGUAGAUUGUAGUGUAGAAAUAGCCUGACUUUACACAAAGUGCUGACACUGCAGAAACCAAAAACAGAAAAAUGUUCUCUCUCCAGUCUGUAAGAUACAGUCAUUUUAGGUGCUCCUUGGAACAACAGUAGGUGAAAAUUUUCAGACAGAAGUGUGAUUUUUUUUAAGUUGACAAAAUCCCUGUUAAAUAUGCCAACAUAGAGUGCAUGCAGUGUGUGUGCAAAGGAAGAAAGGAAUUAGAGGGACCCACAAUGUUUUUCAUAUGCUCUUUAUGCUUUAAUAAAAAAAAAUACUAUCA